ACCUAGCGGUUCAAAGCAAAGAUCAUCUCGUGAGCUUUAGAUUGUUAAAGAAAGCAUCCUUCAUCCCAAAUCGUUAUUGUGGAUUUUUUGUGCUGUAACUGGCUUGAAAGUUAAACCAAUCAUGGCAACAGGCCGGCAGAUAGUGAUGACAGGCCUGCUCUCCAUACCCUUGUGGCUUGCUGCUGCUUUUCUGCUCUAUUGGCCUUCUGAUGCUGACCCUAAGAGUAUUCCUCACCCCAUAGGUUGGUCUGGAUCCAAGGAUGAGACAAAGGACCCCUCAACCUCCAACUUUUGGAAGCAUGUAGACUUGAAGUCUCAGGAAAUACCAGAAACGGUGACAAAAAGAAGUGCUAGCAUAAAGGUUAAAGAAAGUGUCUUGUCUGUUGAUAAUGUUCAAGUUUUUUAUCGCGAAGCUCAAUCUGAAGGGGAGUCCAGUGCCCAUAUCUCUAUACUCCUUCUUCAUGGAGCUGCAUUUUCUUCAGAAACGUGGCUACACCUGGGCACCAUACAAAUUUUGGCUGCAAUGGGCUACCGUACUGUUGCUAUAGAUGUACCUGGUUAUGGUAAAUCUUCAUUGGCAGACAUAUCUGAUCAUGGUGAAUUCCUCAACCAUGUCAUCAAAGCCUUGGACUUGAAACGACCUGUGGUGGUCAGUCCCAGUAUGAGUGGUACAUAUGCACUUCCGUAUUUGUUAAAACACUCUGAGGAAAUGGGUGGCUACAUUCCAGUUGCCCCUGUAGGAACAGGUAUACUUGAAAGGCAGUCUUGUGCCAGUAGUCAGACAGAGGAGGAUCAAUUGGCUAGUGUUUGUGAAAGCUUGAGAAAGUUCCUGAAACCUCCACUUCCCAACUUAAGUUGUAUUAAGACUCCAACUCUAGUGGUGUUUGGAGAGUAUGAUCGUGGGAAGCACUCGGCAUUGUUGUGCUUGUUGCCAAGAAGCCAAGCAGCAGAGAUUCCUGAAGGACGGCACCCAGCUUACCUGGAUAACCCAAAACUGUGGCAUAAACUGCUAUACAACUUUCUUGGCCAUGCUGCGCAGCUGGCAGCUAAGAGCCAAUAAAUAACCGUUUCUGUUGUUGAGACUAAUGUUUCUUGUUACUCUUAAUGUACUGCACUUGACAGCUUGGUUUUAUUGCACCUUAACAAGUAUGCUUAAGAUGAUAGCAGCUUUAAGCUACUAAAAUCAAUAUCAUAUUGAUAUAAAUUAUUUUCAGGUGCACUGUCUAAUUUCUUUAAGUAAAUCUCUCUAUAUUUUAACCGAACAGAAAAAUAAACAUAAUCAAAUGUUAAAGUAUUAAAAUAUUUGGUGCAUAUUCAAUAUCCAUAUGUUAUUAUUAUAUUUGCUUUGAUUUUCUUAUAUUUUCAUUUGUGGUUUGAAAAACGAGAUGCAAUCUUGCACAAUGUACGUAAAUAAGAGUAAGGUGGGUGUAAACAUUUGAUAGAAAUAAGAAAAGUUUUAGAUUCAGCUAAGUUCUUGAAGAUAUGAAGCAUUUCUGUUUUAUCAUAAUUCACUUAUAUUUUACUGCUUUGCUUAACUACUUGCUCCUCAUAAAGGCUUCAAAAUAUCAGAUGGAAUUUGUGUCUGCCAUGAAUAACAUUGACUACAGAACUAUGUAAUACUUGAGAUUCUGGUGAAGUGAGAAUACAACAUUACUUUCAUGAAUAUAAUAUCUGUUGUGUUACUUUGCUGGUGCCAAACAAAUGGUACGUAUUAUAUGUAUAUAAAGUUUUGUAUCAAGUAAAGCUUAUGAAUUUUUUUUAUUUGUCCAAGCUUUAAGGAUACUGUCUAAAAGAUCCUUUGACUUAGCUAACAAAAAUUAUUUGUUGACAAGAAACAGUUUUAUCCUUCAGCAACUUGUCAAUACAAGCUGUUGUUGUUGCAAGUUAAAGAUAUGUGAACAACAUGUUGUUUUGUAACUUCUGGCAAGUCAUGAUUUAUUUCUUCAACACCACUUGAUCCUUUGUUUAAUAGAUGAUGUUCCAUAGGACCUUGAAAGUGCCUUUACACAAAUGUGUUUUUGGGAUAAUUGAUGAGUUGUAAUCCUUUGAGUUAAAAGAAAAUAAAAAGCAUUUAUGGUGAUUAAA